AUGAACUUGACAGAAUUACUCAAUAGGCAACGUCGUAGCGAGCCUACAAUCCUCUUGGGAUUAAAAAUCUUUACAAUGAUUAUGCUUAUAACUUGCUUGACAGGCUACCUCACUGUUGUGAUAAUUGACGUUAAACAAGAUGCUCCAAUUAUCAAAACUUCUUUUAUUGACGUUGAUGGCGUACCUCCUCCAAGUUUGCAUUUUGGUGCUAGUUAUAAUUUCAGCAUCACUACAUGUAAUCAAUAUUAUUACGUCAAUGGGGUUUUUAGCUAUCUUAAUUGUUCACCAGAUGACAUAAAUGCUUAUUACGAUCAGGAAACCAAACUAUAUUAUGUAACUUAUUAUCCAUCACCAGAUGUCAUAUUUAAUAGUUCAUUAAAUGGAGUAGGUUUAAUAAUGUCUGUUAACGAAGAAAUUCAAGUUGGUAAAACAUCGUUUAUAAACUUGAUUGCUUUUGAUUCAGAAUAUGAUAUAUUUAAUAAGAAAUUAAACGAAUUUACUGUCUAUGACAGUUCAAUUCGUACAUUAAAUAGGUAUUCAAUAGAGCCAGCUCAGUCUUACGAUUUUGCAUAUUCUCGUAUUGUUAGAGAUAUAAUGGUACCAAGUUGGAUGAAUGAUUUUGGUGUUCCUCCAAAUUAUGACCAGAAAUCAAAUAUUGAAUCUACUUUACUUGGAGGACCAUUGCCGGAUAAAUCGAUGACUGAAAUAUUAUCAUUCAGUAUAGAACCUAAGAGCUAUAGUGUCAUUCAAGUAGAUAAGGAAUACUUAAGCGGUUUAGGUUUAAUGGGAGGUGCGUGGGGAUUAACAGUAGCAGUAUACACAUUUCUUUUUGGUGCUGAUACGUUGCGACCAUGGGGAGCCGUACAAUUAUACUGUUGCGGAUUUUCUCGAUUAACACGAAAAAAGCUUAAAACUACUUUACCAACUAUUCCAUUUUUUGACACAAUGGAUCUUAAUACUAAAAAUCAUCCUUCAAGACAUGCACUUUCUUUAGCUGAACAAAAUGAAUUAAUUUUAGCAAGAAUUGAUAGUUUAGAAUUAUUUUUACAAGAAUAUGUUGUUGAUGUACGUUAUUUAGACGGUCUUCGGGAUGGAUUACCCACAACUAACAUUAUGAAUAAUCUUAAUAACCAUGGGGUACAAAAUUUGAAAGAAUUUGAUAGUACAAGUACAACGAAUUCUACGGUUUCUACAGUUACGCAACAACAAGAUUUUGUUUCAGCAAAUUUCACUCAAAAUUCAACAUAUAAUAAUUUCACUACAAUCAAGUAUGACUAA